AUGACUUUAAUAUUGAGGUGUGUAGAUGUUUCAAGUACUCCAAUAAAUAUAGAAGAGUACUUUUUAGAGUUUCUGAAUGUUGAAGAUACAUCUGGAUUAGGACUUUUUAAUGAAUUGCAAAAUGUAAUUGAGUCCCUUACACUUAAUAUUGAUGAUGUGAGGGGACAAGGUUAUGAUAAUGGCUCUAAUAUGAAAGGAAAAAAUCUAGGUGUACAAAAAAGAUUACUUGAUAUAAAUCCUAGAGCAUUUUACAUGCCAUGUGGUUCUCAUUGUCUCAACUUAAUAGUUUGUAAUAUGGCCAACUCAUGUGUUAAAGCAAAAUCUUUUUUUGGAGCAUGUCAAUGCAUAUAUACGGUAUUCUCUAAUUCAACAAAGCGAUGGAAUGUGUUACUUGAUUACAUAGAUGGUUUGACUUUGAAAUCAUUGUCAACUACACGUUGGGAAAGUCACAUUGAAAGUGUCAAAGCAAUAAAAUCUCAAGCUUCCCAAAUUAGAGAAGCUUUAUUUAAAUUAACAGAAAUUAGUGAAGAUGCCAAAUUGAGUAGGGAUGCUCAAAGUUUAGCAUCAGGAGAGCUUUCAAGUUUUGAAUUUAUAUUAAGUUUGGUUAUUUGGCAUGACAUUUUGCAUAAGAUUAACUUAGUUAGUAAAAAGUUACAAUCUGAAGACAUGCGUCUUGAUGCUGCUGUAAGACAAUUAGAAGGACUUGUGUUAUUUUUUGAAAACUAUAGAAUAAAUGGGUUUGUUUCUGCCAUGAUUGAUGCUAAACAAAUUUCUCUUGAUAUGGGAAUUGAGCCUAUAUUUCCAAAAAAACGUCAAGUUUGUAGAAAAAGGCAUUUUGAUGAGGUUUCCAAUAGUGAUAGGGAACAACAAUCAGCUGAAGAAUCAUUUAGAACUGAUUAUUUUCUUGUUAUAGUGGAUAUUGCUCUUGGUGAAUUGAAGAGUAGGUUUGAACAAUUGCAUUGUUUUGAAUCUAUUUUUGGGUUCUUAUUUGACGCUGCAAAAUUGACUUCGCUUGAUGAUAAUGAAUUAAAAAGUUUUUGUGUGAAUCUUGAAAAUGCUUUAAAACAUGGUGAUGUUUCUGAUGUUGAUGCAAGAGACUUAUUUUCAGAAUUACAGGUGUUGCAAGUGAUGUUACCAAAAGAAGCAUAUGAAACAGAUAAACCAUGGACAUCCAUUAAAAUUCUUGAGUUUGUAAAGAGUGUGGAUAUGUUUCCUAAUGUAAUGGUUGCUUAUAGGAUAUUAUUGACUAUACCUGUGACUGUGGCAUCUGCUGAAAGAAGUUUUUCUAAAUUAAAAUUAUUGAAAUCUUACUUGCGGACCACCAUGACUCAAGAUAGACUAAAUGGAUUAGCAAUAUUAUGCAUUGAAAAGGAUAUGUUAGAGAACAUUAAAUAUGAUAGUAUAAUUGAUGAUUUUGCAUCUAAAAGUGCAACAAGAAGACAUUUUAAAUGA